AUCAACUCUAUACUUUCAGCUUUGCUUUAAUCUUAUCCUCAAUCAAGACGAUGGCGGAAGGGGUCCUAUUCAACAUUGCCGAAGGAAUCAUUGGAAGCUUGCAGAAACUUGCUCGUGAAGAGUUCGGAUUGCUUUACGGUGUCAAAGAUGAGCUCAAAAAGCUUGAGAAGACAGUUAAGAAAAUCAAAACUGUUCUUCUUGAUGCAGAAGAAAAGAAGGCAAAUCAUGAAGUCACAGAGUGGCUGAAAAGCCUAGAAGAUGCAGUUUAUGAUGUUGAUGACUUGCUAGAUGAAUUCUACACUGAAGCUCGGUGGAGGCAAAUGGUAAUUGGGAAUAAAAUUUCAAAGCAGGUACGCCUCUUUUUCUCAAGCUCAAACCAACUUGUUUUUCGGCUAAAGAUCGGUCAUAAGAUAAAAGAAAUUAGGGAGACACUUAAUGUGAUUGAGACCGACAGAGGGUUUCACUUAGAUGAGCGUCUCCAAGAGGCACGAGUUCUAACUAGAGAGAGGGAAACUCACUCUUUUGUCCGUAAGGAAGAAAUCAUAGGGAGGGAUAAAGAGAAAAGGGAAAUUGUAGGACUUCUGUUAGAUCCUAUUCCUGAAGAGAAUGUGUCAAUCAUUUCCUUAGUUGGGAUUGGAGGUUUGGGAAAAACUGCACUAGCCCAACUUGUUUUUAACGACGAGACAGUCAAAAAGCAUUUUGAGUUGAAAAUAUGGAUAUGCGUCUCUGAUAAAUUUGAGUUGAAUGUGCUUGUUAAAAAAAUCAUUGAGUCCGCACCUAGUAGGACACAGGGAAACCUUGAGUUGGAUCAAUUGCAAAAUGACCUCCGAAAACUAAUAGAUGGAAAGAGAUACCUCCUUGUGUUAGAUGAUGUAUGGAAUGAAAAUAGGGGAAAAUGGCUUAGUUUGAAAAGCUUGUUGAUGGGUGGUGCAAGAGGUAGUAGAAUAUUGAUAACUACUCGUAGUAAAGUUGUUGCAACUAUCUCAGACACAAAUAAACAAUAUAUCCUGGGGGGCUUGGAAAAAAAAGAAUCUUGGUCUUUAUUUAAGCAAAUGGCCUUCAAAACAGAACAAGAGUCAGAAAAUCCAAGUAUUAAGGAAAUUGGGGAAGAGAUUGUUGGAAAAUGUAAGGGCAUCCCACUUGCUAUAAGGACGACAGGGCGAAUGCUCUUCUCUAAGAAUCAGGAAAAUGAAUGGUUGGCUUUCAAGAAUAACGACCUUUCAAAAGUAAAUCAGGAAGCAAUUGAUAUUUUACCAACACUUAAGCUAAGCUAUGAUAUCCUCCCAUCACAUUUGAAACAUUGUUUUGCAUAUUGUAGCUUGUUCCCUAAAGAUUAUGAGAUUGAUAUAAAGACAUUGGUUAACCUCUGGGUGGCACAAGGGUUUGUUAAGUCUUUAGAUCAAAGCAAGAGUUUGGAAGAUGUUGGUUAUGAAUAUUUUUUGGAGUUGGCAUGGAGAUCUUUUUUCCAAGAGGUAACAUAUGAUGAGUUUGGUAUGAUAAGUAGUUGUAAAAUGCACGACCUCAUGCACGACCUUGCAAAAUCAAUGUCUGGGAUGGAAAUCACCAUAGUAGUUGAAAAGGAGGAUAAUUUUUCUGAAAACCUUCGUCAUGUGUCUUUUGAUUAUUCAAUUGGUCUGUGGUUAAUUGAAAAAAUUCCUACAUCUUUGCUAAGGGCACAUAAGUUGAGGACAUUUUUAUAUGUUGACGAAUAUCUGCUCUCUUUUCAUGAUGAUGGGUCUAUUAAGUCAUUUUGCAAUGCAAUUGCUUCAAAUUUCAAGUCAUUGCGCAUGUUGAGUCUGUAUGCAUUGGAUAUCAGAGCAUUACCAAAUUCCGUACGUAAAUUGAGACAUUUAAGAUAUCUCGAUCUUAGAAGAAAUCCCAUUGAGAGGCUCCCAAAGUGGAUAGUUAGACUUCAGAAUCUGCAAACCCUAAAUCUGUCAGAUUGUGAUAUGCUUGUGGAACUGCCAAGAGACAUUAAUAAAUUGUUCAAUUUAAGGCAUCUCAUGGUAGAUGGGUGUAUCAGAUUGAAUCAUAUGCCGGAUGGAUUGAGAGAAUUGACUUGUCUUCGGACAUUGGAUAGAUUUGUUUUGAGUGAAGACAGUUGCAUUACAGGGGGCGGUGCUGGGCUUGGCGUGUUGAACAGGCUUAACAACUUGACGGGAAGUAUGAGCAUUGAAAAUUUGUGGAAUGGGAAAAAUAUGGUGUCAGAAGCAAUCUCUGCAAAUAUGAAGGAAAAACAGAGUCUUACUUCGUUGUCUUUGGGGUGGAAGGAAAAUAUUACAAGUGAUGUCAAUGAGGCUGAAAAUGGUUGGCUUUCUUCUCUCACAAAUAUUGUUAAUCUCAGUUUGAAGGAAUGCAAAACAUAUGCUUCAUCGUCAGCGUCGCGAAUUCCAUUCUUCCCCUCCUUAAAGAAAAUUUACCUAUGGAAUUGUCCUAAUCUUAAGGGAUGGUGGAAGCAGAGUGCUCUAAUUGGCUCCCCAACGACAGAGUAUGAGCAUCAGCAUAUACAGCAGUCAUCGCUUUCAUUUCCCUGUCUUUCUCUAUUAGAUGUCUGGAAUUGUCCUAACCUAACUUCCAUGCCACUCUAUCCACAUCUUGAAGACGAGGCUGUCCUUGGAUAA